UAGAUUGUGCUGUUUAGUAACCAAUAAUCACUAACACUACACCAAUAAACAACUUUACUUAGAAAUUGCUAGUAAAUGUGUCAAAUAAUUUAAGAAACAGCAAGUAACACAUUAUAGUAGAAAGAAUAAAAUAGCAUUUAAUGUAAAACAUGCUUCAAGUGAUAAGAUCAAAGCUCUAACAUACUAAAGUUCAGGUGAUAAAAAACAGUUGUUUAUAUGUUUUAAUAGGACAGCCAAAUCAAAUCAGGCCACGAAGAUCUUGAUAAACAUGUUUGUGUCUUUGUGUCUACUGAAUGCUGCGUUUUUGUCAAACGAGAGCGUCGCUAACACACAAGACAACACUGCGUGCGUCUUCAUAGCGCUGGUCCUGCAUUACUCCAUGCUGGCCUCAUUCACCUGGUUCUUCAUUCAAGCUCUUCAUAUGUACUUAUGGCUCAUCAGACAAAACGUCACCAUCACAAACUACAUGAGGAAGAUCACCGUGUUGGGCUGGGUGUGUCCAGCUCCGAUAGUCGUAGUUAUUGUUUCUGUAGGAGGAUAUGAAGCAGUGAUCCUAAAUAUGACUGAAUCUGGAAAAAUCACACAAAUGUGCUGGAUUACAGACUUUUACAUUCACUACUUAGUGAACAUCAGCUACUAUGCUUUAGUUUUCAUCCUCAUUGUGAUCAUCGCUAUUGUUCAGACCAGAAACAGAAGAGCUAUUGACGGCAAGAGAAAGACGUUCAGAAAGCAGCUGAUGAUGGUUUUGAGUUUGUUCCUGCUCUUCGGUCUGACGUGGUCUGUGGCGUUCUUCAGUUAUGGACCGAUGCUCAUACCUUUAUAUUACGUAUUUACUGUGUUAAACUCGGUUCAGGGGUUUUUCCUCUUCCUGUAUUACUACUACAUUCACAAUGCUGCUGUGGGUCAUUUCUCAGAUGAUCCAGAAAGCACAGACUUCAAGACAAGCAUCGCUCACUCCAGCAUUAAUGUUGUGGAAAAUAUUUAUAACUAG